CCUCAAAUUUAGUGUCGGCUCAUUUUUUGGUACCUAUUUAUUUUUGUCUAUUUAGAGUUUUUAUUAAUUCAAAAUGUCUAUUUUGAAUACAUUCAGUAGGACAUCGGCGAUAAACAGCUUGCGUUUUUUGUUAACGUAUAGAGGCUUUCACAAAACACAAGCACAACUACUCUAUUCUCCUUCAGCUUUAGGAAUUGAUGGGUACCUAAAUACCCGAAAGAGGAUUAAGGAGCAAUUUGCAAACUAUUCCGACAAGUUUAGAACCAAAAUGAAUGAUUUUGUAUCGGACUCCAAAAACAUGAUUUUCACUGAAGACCUUAAGAAUAUAGUGCAUAUAGCGGAGCCGAUAGAUUUGAAUUUAGUGGUCAAAAUGAUUAAGAAGUUUAAUACACAGAAGACUGAAUAUAGAUUUAGCUCAUUUGUAUUUGGACCAAUAGUUAUGAGGAUGUUCCAUUUUUUAGAUGCCCCAACGGAGGCACUGCAGUGCUUUGAAGAUCCAGAUAACAGUGGUUUUUUUGAUCAGUUAGUAUCAUAUCAAAUAUUGCUGGAUCUCCUAUAUAAUCAUCAGAUGUAUGAUGAAAUGUAUAGGGUAUUUGAGAAAGUACAGGAGAAGCAAAUUAACAUGACAAGGUUUCCUAAAUAUCCAGUUGUAUUGAUGUUGGCAGCUUGUUAUAAACAGAAUACACCACAAAGUAUGGAGUAUGCCUCAAGAUUAUGGUCAGAAAUGAUCAAUGUUGGUACUGUACCAUUGAGGAGGGCUGCAACAUUUAUGGCUGCUUUGUCAUUAAAUCAAUGCGCUCCACACGUGGCGUUGGAAUCUAUAUCAUUACAAAAACCGCAUUACAUUACUAUAAGAAACAUCAGGGCAACAGCGUUGUCACAAUUGGGAAGAGUUGAUGACGCACUACCUGUGUUAAAAGGGGUUUUGGAGAUUGAUCGACCAGAUCAAAAAGACAAACACACUUUCUUCGAGGAAACUAUAGACAAAGUACGAGAAGCGGUCGAAAAGUGCGACAGUAGCGAUGUUAAAAAAGAAUUUGAAAAUAUUGAAAAGGCUCUUAAAGACCGCGGCUUAAUUGAUUCACAGACGUUAGACCAGUUAAUAACAUCUGAUAUCACAAUAAACCAAGCGAAGAUUAACAGCCUGCCUAAAGGAAUGCCUAAAAUGCCAUAUGGAAUGAGACAGAGGAAUAGGGAUUUGUAGUGACCCAAGUAGAUUAAAUUAAUAAACUGUGUUUGCUGUAAAAGAUUGCUCAUUCCGGUGUCCAUAGUAACCAUAUAAUAAUGUGAAACAUUCUGGCUUAAUACAAAUUAGUCAGUGUUUAUUCAAAAUGUAUUUAGCCUCUUAGUAAAAUUAUCAAAAGCCACUAACUUGCAUUGGAGCCGCGCGGUUGGUUUAUACUAGUGCGUCAUUGAAAGCUAAGCUUUUAAACUUUGCUAAGCUUAAAAUGAGAUUGAGAAGCUAGGUUUUAGAUUGAGUUGUAUUUUCGCAGCAAACGCAGAAAUAUUCUUGUAAAUAAUUGUGAGAAUGUUUUGUUUGUAUGGAGAGUGGCUUACGUUUUGUAAAUGUAUUAAGUAAUUUGAACAGUUACCGUAGUUAGAUAUGCUCACUUGAAGUCAAAAUCUGGAGUAAAUAAACCAUAAAUCUCAGAAGUAAGAAUUUUAAAUGCAAAAGAAAACAAGUAAAAUAAUAAUAACUAAAAAUAGACAGUUUUAUAUUCAUGAAUUUAUAUUUUUAACAUCACAAUAAUUUUCUGAAGAUACCUUCCUUAUCUAUCGUUAGUAACAUAAAACUCAUCUAAGAAUCAGGUUAGAAAGGAUACGUUUAAAAACGUAUAAAUUAAAACUUGAAUACUGCACUACCUAGUUUAUACAGAAGAUAUAUUCAAAUGACAAACGUACACCAAACACAUACAGACGGAUUGAUUCCGUCACGUUUAGAAACAUUUCUUUUGUUAUAAUUAUGAAACUGACUAGAAGAUACGGCAAUAAUCGCUGUCGUAUUCCACCUACCCCCAUAUAGGUAUCCGGUGGACCUGAACACCGUAAAUGAAAACCCAAAUAAUACUUCAGAGACUUUAGAGGUACAUUGUUUACUAUCUCUGAGAAUUUUGAAACCGAAAGUUUUUGAGUAAUCCAUUGCCAUACAUUUUCAUUUCUGAAAGAAUUCAGCCCUAACAUCACAUGUAAAAGUAAAAUUAAAUGACUCCUGCCAUUUUAUUAGGUACUAAGGCAGAGUCGGUAUUUUGUCUUCAAUAGGGUUGUCAUAAGUAAACACUGA